AUGGUUAAAGUUUUGGUACUCGGAGCUACGGGGUUCAUAGGCUUUGCCGUAGCCCAAGCACUUGCUCGUUCAGGACACGAAACGUAUGGGUUGUAUCGUAAACGUGAAAAGGAAAAGGAAUUAGCCAAAAACGAAAUCUUUCCAAUAUUAGGAGAUACAAAUGAUGUAUCAACUUGGAACGUUGUAGCGGAACAAGUAGAUAUAAUAAUAGAUGCGACAUCAGAAUAUAAUGAUCCAACAAAGCAUGUAACAAAUAUCUUAGAUACAUUAGAAGAAAUUAAUAUGAAAAGAAUAAAAAGUUUUGAACCAAAAUUAACAUUUAUUUAUACAUCAGGAUUAUGGAUAUAUGGAGGAGAUUCGUAUAAUGUGAAUUGUGAAUCAACUCCCUUAAAAACAAACCUAAAAUUAGAUCAAUGGAGACCAGCAAUAGAACAAAUGAUUAUUAAAUCUCAGGGUAUAAUAAUUAGACCCGGAGCUGCUUAUGGUAAAAACGGUAGUUUAACGGCACAAUGGUUUGAAUCCGCUAUAAAAGGCGAAUUAUACGGUAUUGGUUCAAAAGAUGUUAGGUGGAAUUUAGUACAUGUUGAUGAUUUGGCCGAUGCUUACGUAAGAUCGGUUGAAAGAUCCGAAUUAGUUAAAGGCCAGAUAUUCAUCAUCACGAAUAAUCAAUCUGAAUCAAUGGGUGAUAUGUUGGAUGCUGUUGCAAGAAUAACGGAAUAUAAGGGACUUGUUAAAUAUAAAGUUCCUACAACAGAAUUCGAAAUAGCCAUGGCGCAUACAGGAAUUUUUUCCAAUAAAAAAGCUCAAACAAUACUUGAUUGGAAACAACGUCAAUUAAGUUUUGUCGAUGGAAUUUAUACUUGGUGGAAUAGUUAUAAAGCAUAUAUUUAA